AUGUUCCGAACGCCGGUGAGGGAAGGGGCGAGCAGGGAGGAGGUGGAGGCGAGUGUGGCGGGCUUCAUCGGGUGCGGGCUGGACGUGGGGCUUCUUGUCUCCCACGCCCUCGUAGACGUGCUGCACAACGCAGCGGGCAGCAAGGAGGCGGAUGAAGCGAGUGUGGCGGGGUUCAUCGGGUGCAGCCCUGAUAUGGGGCUGCUCGUGUCACACGUGCUCGUGGACGUGCGGCACAACGAUUCUGACAUCUUCUCUCUCCAGCUCUUUGACAUAACAGAACCAGCCCACCCCGUCCCUCUCAACGCCCCCAACGGCUCCUCCCAGCAACCCCCCAACCUCCUCUUCACCUCACCCAACCCCGCCUUCCCGAGCCUCAACUACAGCGUCGUCGAGCCGUUCCCCGAGCCUGUGGUGGGGCGGCACAUCCAAGCCUACUGCUCGCACCUCGUCCCCGGCAGCACGUGGGCGCUCCUCUACGCGCCCCUCCUCCUCGCACUCCUCGUGCUCCUCGUCUCCGCCCUCCUCUCUGUAAUCAUUCUCGUCCUCCGCCGGAAAGGCGCGGCGAUCCGCGCAGAAAUGAGCGCCGCGGAGGAGUACACUCUCCUCUUGGAGCGUGCCGAGCGGGCCAAAAGCGAGAGCAUAGCGUGCCUGAGCCAUGAUCUCCGCACGCCGUUUAAUGGGAUGCUGGGGAUGAUGGACGAGUUGUUGGAUACGCAGCUGGAGGAGUGGCAGAUGAGGGACGUGGUGGACGCGCGGGUGUAUGCUGCGUCGGUGAUUGGGCUGCUGAGCACGAUUCUGGACCUCGCCAAGCUGCAGGCAGAUAUGCUGGAGCUGGACUCCGUGCCCUUCAGUCUUCACCAGUGCCUGGAGACGGCCGCCCGCUCGCUGUUCACUGAUGCUCAAGACAGGCACCUCGAAUUUUUCUGCCACGUGGACCCCAGUGUACCGGACAUUCUAAUCGGUGACCCCACCCGAGUCACCCAAGUCAUGCGCGAGCUCAUGGGUCACGCCAUCAAGAGCACGCUAUCCGGCCAUGCAGCCUUCCACAUCUGGUGCCUGCCCACCCAUCCCUGCACCCCCUCUCCUUUUCCCAUAUCAUCACACUUCCUUCUCCCUUCCCCAUGCCCCAUGCUCCGUACCCCCCCAGGUCACGCCAUCAAGAGCACGCUAUCCGGCCAUGCAGCCUUCCACAUCUG